AGUUUGCAAAUUGCAACCCAUAAAAUAAAGUUAGUGAAAAUAACAAAUCACGAGUCUCAUAGCACUGGUGAACUCAGCACAGCAUAAAACUGUGGGUUUAUAUUUUUCCCUUUCCUUUUGAUUAAUUUCUGUCUAAUACAAGUCCCAACUCACGGGUCGGGUCAGUGCAAUACAGAAGAUGAAAAUGGGAGACCCAGAAGAAGCAGAAGAACAUGGUCGUCGCCUCAUCCUCCACAACUUCCUUUCCUUCCAAGAAUGCAAGGAACUGGAGUUUAUCCACAAGAGCAAUUGUACGGUUGGGUACAGACCCCAUGUGUUCUCAACCACUCUUUCACAUCUCAUAGCCACCAAUUCUGCCCACCUCAUCAUGCCCUUCGUCCCCAUCAGAGAGAGGUUGAAGGAGAAGGUAGAGGAAUUCUUUGGGUGCCAUUAUGAACUCUUUGUUGAAUUCACCGGUUUGAUCAGCUGGAGUAGAGGAUCGAGCAUUGGGUGGCAUAGUGAUGACAACAGGCCCUAUCUUAAGCAGCGUGACUUUGCGGCAGUCUGUUAUUUGAAUAGUUACGGGAAUGAUUUCAAAGGUGGACUUUUUCACUUCCAGGAUGGGGAUCCAGCAACUAUCGUUCCAUCAGGUGGGGAUGUUGUGAUAUACACAGCUGACAGCCGCAACAUUCAUUCUGUUGAUGAGAUUACUGAUGGGGAAAGACUCACACUGGCAUUAUGGUUUAGUCGUGAUGCUACCUAUGAUGAGGAUGCUAAACUUAUAACCCUUCUGUCACAGAAUUUUUUGCAUGAUAAUGCUCCUGAAUUAUGCCUGCCUUUGCCAGCAUCCAGUAAUAUGUACUGGUUUUCACCAGACCAAGCUUCUUCUGAUCAGCAGUUGGGUUUUGAUAUAUGCUGGGCAAGAUUGCAUGUUCUUGGAUACGAUCUACUUUUCCAUCAAGACAAGAGCUACUGUUCAAAUAUGUCUGAGUUACUGAUGGAGCCACUGCGAUUAACAAGGGGAGAUGAGUUGUUUGAGCAUGAGUUCAUCAACAUCUUGCAUGCACUUCAGGUUGUACAAUUCUACUGUUGGAAAGCUCCUGAUUUCAAAUCUGCCAAAGUAGAAGAAACUACCUCGGUGGUAUUCUUGUCACAAUCACAGAGGGAGAGAUUUGUUUGCCUCAAAUCUUUAUUUGCAAAGGAUGUUCGUCUAGUAGACUCUGUAUUUAGCAAUGCGACAUUCGUUGAGAGUGCACGACAUUCCUUUAAUUGGGUUGAUUUUACGAUUGCAAUCGCUAUGUGGGAAGAUUAUGCCCGCAAGUUACAUAGAGAACUGGUAAUGAGCUUACCACACUGGAGAACACAGCAAUCUAUAUUUAAUGUAUCAUUGGAUGAAAAGUAGUUUAUUUUUUGCCCAAUAUGACUAGGAAGAAUUUAUGUUCCAACUAUUUGAGUAACAUUUUAAUGUAAAAGAUAAUUUGACGA